AAUUAUUAUGGUAACCAUAGAUACAAUUCUCUACAACAAAAGUCAAUGUUCUGUGCAGUGUUUGUUAAAAUAACCUCAUUCCUAUUUCUAAAGUCGUCUAACUUCGUAGAUAUCAAAUAGGACAAAAUGUACAAGAGGGAGACAGGAGGGGCCAGGCCUAUGGCUAUAGCAGGCCGGUUUGUAAGAGAACGAGAACGUCUUAUCGGCAUGACGGAAGCGGAGAGGGCUUGGCGUAAGCAGUGGAUGCAAGAUCAAAUACUAUCACCAAAUGAACCUCGGCACGUUCCCGAAAUGUAUAAGUUUCGAUUUAACAUUUUCCGACGAGCAUAUAAGGCACCCUUAAAUUAUCUGGAAAAUAUGUUAGAACCUGUCAUAGGCAAACGAGCUCAUACAUUAAGAUUUUUUACGGGAAAAAUAUUUCUUUUGUAUUUGGCAGGAAUUGGAGUCUUGUAUAAUUUAAAGUAUAAUCAGAAUGAUUGGACCCGACUUGGCGGAUUCAGAAUUUUGGAAAAUCGACCUGCUGUACUGCCUGGUGAUUCAUCUUUCCCUAAAUUAUCUACCAAAUCGAACCCGUCUGAAUAUGGUUCGAGAGGUUUUGAAAAAGUAACUUUAAAUUUGUAAAUAAAUCAUUCAUGUAGUAUGCUUAGUAUAUUAUUAAUUCAAUAAAUACUCUACUUUG